ACCGAAACCAUCACACUCUCUUCGUCAGUUUCGUUAUCUGCGCGUCAGAAUUUCGCUCCUAAUUUGAAUCGUCAUUUCUCGAUUUUUCGUGAACUAUGGUUGAAUCGGAAGCUACAACUGCUGCACCUCCCGCAGCUACGCCUAAGAAGGCUAAAUCUGCGAAACCUAAAAAGCCUAAAACAGCUCCAUCGCAUCCAAAAGUAUCUGAUAUGGUAAAUACUGCUAUUUCGACUUUGAAAGAGCGAGGGGGAUCAUCGCUUCAAGCUAUAAAGAAAUACGUUGGAGCUCAUUACAAAGUGGAUGUUGAAAAAUUAUCUCCUUUCAUCAAAAAAUAUUUGAAAAAUGCCGUUGCGUCUGGAAAACUCGUUCAAACCAAAGGUAAAGGAGCAUCAGGAUCUUUUAGAAUGACAACUGGUGGAGUCAAGGAAAAAUCUACUAAACCCAAAACAUCAAAAGUGGUGACCAAAGCAAAAACGGUCAAACCUGCUGCCAAGAAAGUAACAAAACCCAAAACUCCUAAGAAAUCUGCAGUAAAGAAAGCACCAAAGCCUAAGUUGGCCAAAUCUCCAAAGAAAUCCAAGACCCUGAAACCCAAAGCUCCAAAACCCAAGAAAGCCAAGGCAGUGAAGAGAGCAGCCCCCAAAAAAUCCAAAUGAUAAACUGUAUGUAUCAUCACUUUCAUUCUACAUCUUCAUUGUUUUCAUCUCAUCUUGAGCAUCCCAUUGUUUCAUCUUGAGCAUCCUCAUCACUUCAGUAAUCAUUGCCAUCGUCAUUUAAUUGCCAUUGACUGUCAUUAUCAUCAUUCUGUUCAUCAUGUCAUUGACUGUCAUCAUUCUCCCAUACAUCAUUGACCGUCUUCAUCGUUUUAUCUGAUCAUCAUCAUCGAUUGUCAUUAUCAUUUGUCUAGUGAACGUUGACUGAUUUGAAAUUUUCGGAACUCUUUAUAAAAUUGAAUUUAUUUUAUUACUAUUUCAUGUGAGUAUCGAAUUUAAUUAUCUAAUAAUAUAUUUAAUUAUUUUAUUUCUAAAUUUAAAUGCUUAUAGUUUAAAAAAAAAUCUCGUAAGCAUUAUAUCGUAAAAUUGAUUGUUGAAAAGUAUUAAUUAGUACUAAUAUUAUUCUUUAAAAAUAUGUGAACGCCCGGUAAUAUCUGUAUUUCAUGAUAGUUAUAUUUGCGCUGAUCUUAACUUGAAUACAGAAAUGUAUAUUAUCUAGCUUAGUAGUUUUUAAUGGUUUUAGAUUGUGAACAUUCUGAUUGUAAAUAAUGUUCAAAAUGUUUAAAUUGAGUGUAUGUUUUAGUAUUGCAUUUAGAAACUGCUUUACUUUCUUUUUUUGUCUUCAAUUAUAAAAUUUGUUAAUGUUACCACUAUAAAUUUGUUUGUAGUGCAAAUUAUCAAUUGUUUAUUUAUUUAAAAGUUACAUAACAUCAUCAUUUAAGAAUCAUUGUUGUAUAUAUUCAAAUUUUUGUAAUAAAAUAAUAUAAAGUCA